AUGACGAGAUUCAAGAUAAUAGCACAAGCUUCUUAUGAUCUUAUGGAUACAAAAGUUUCAAAAUCGUUCGCGAGAUCUGUACUCUUGUUCAAGCGUGACCCAUUUUCUUCACCGAGGGAGCUAUUCUAAGUGCGUUAAAAAGAGCCAGAGUAAUGUGGUAUUCCAGUGUGCUCUCAAUACACUUUAUUCCUCUAACUGUAAAAAGUCAGUUUUCAAGUUAUGCACAAGAAAACUUUUCCCUGCGUAUUCUUAGUGGUGUUCAGUCACAUUUGUCUUAUUCGCAAGGAAAACAGGACGUUCUUACAAUAUGUUAGGAAAGCAUUUAGAGUUUAUAUAAGUUCACCUUUCCACUAAGAUCCCUAUUCAUAUUCAUCAAAAAGAAUUUAAUCUCCUUAACUAAAAUUAUCAAGAUCUCCCAUUACCGCAAAAGGGUGUCUCCACACAGGUCCACCCAUGUUAUACAGAGCAUCUUGCCGCGAAAACUUCACUUUGCCCAUCGUGUAGACCAUCAAAAAUAACCUAAAAGUCUCUCUUACGCUUUUUUGAAAAAACGUGUGAACAGUGAUUUUAUAGACACCU